UUCAAAAUUCAUUUUAAUAAAAAAAGGUUUUUUUGAUAAAUAAAAAUACGUACGCAAGAGCAGAAACAAAUUAAAAGUGCAAUAAUUUAUUCAAUGAUUUUUUUUUGUUGUAAUUUAAAACAUUUGACGGCGACUUAAAAAACAAGUUGGAAUAACUUAAACAAAAAAAAAAAAAUAUUUCUUGGGCUUAAUCCCAUGAUUUCGUCAUAUAAAUUUGUUUCAAAUCAAUUAAAAAUAUUGGCCAAAUAUUUAAAAUUAACGGCAGGCAAAGUUAUUUGUUCUCUACUAAAUAACGUAACAAUUAUAACAAGACGUCGUAUUCUAUAGAACAAUGGCAGCACACGAGAGACCUUGUCUGCCUGGGGCCCAGAAUUAUAGGAAACUUUAUCAAAAUCUUAAUGACCUCAAAAUUAAUCUUUUUCCUAUUACUUAUUUGGUGUGCCAUAUUAAUACAAACAACCCAAGCAUUGCCUGCGCGUCGUGUUGCAACGUCCGGACGAAAACUUAUAUUACACACAAAUGUCUACAGAGAACGUUAUCAUCAGAAGCUAUUAGAAGAACAAAGACAACACAAUCUGCAACAGCAAAAAAUACAAUUACAACUACUAGAACAGCAGCAACAGAGACAAAGACAACAGCAAACACUACCACUACAUCCCCUUACAAUACAUCAUCAACAUCAUCAUCAACAGCAGCAGCAACAACAGCCUCAAGUACAAGUACAAAAAAAUCAUAUAUUUUCACCGGGUCAAAACUUAAGAAGACAUCCUCAACCACAGCCCCAUCAUCGUCAUCAUUUACAUCAACGUGCUGCACCGCCAUCACAUCACAAAAUGAGUGUUUGCAAGGACGACGUUAUCUAUGAACAAUUACACAGGCAAAUGAAUGCCUCCGUAUCGUACAUCAAAAAUCUAUGUGCCAGCUAUUUAAAAGAACGUGGCAAUGAGACCUUUGAGGGUAUGUCGGAAACAUGGAAACUAAUUAGUUUGGAAACCAGAAAUCCCAAUCGCAAAGCAGUUCCAGUUGAAAAUAAGCUUCACAAAGAAAUCGUUGAAUUUUAUCUCAAUCUUCACAAUUUUGAUCAACUUAUCGACUAUGCAUCGCAGGAUACAAACAAAAACAAAACUAAAAUUGAACAUGGUGAAGAAAUCAACAUUGACAAUAUUACCAAAUUCUUUGAGACAGUUAAAAACGAAAUCAAAUUCAAUAUGUUGGAAACCAAUACCGUAUUGGAUAUAUUGCAAAUAGAAAAACCAGAUUUGGCAGACAAUAAGGUGGAAUUCAAUUCGAAUAUUGGACGCAGAAUACGUGAUUUUCUUAUAAUUAAAAAUUUAAUUGAAGAAUUUGAGCGUAUUCUGCAAUUGGUGCAAAAUUAUUGUGAAAAUAAUCGUUCGGAAUAAUUUGGAAAAACAGAGAGAAAUCAACAUAAAUUUGGCAGUAAAACAGGGUAAAACAAGUAAAUACCGAAGGCAAAACAAAAAAUCAAACUAAUGUUUGAGAAAGAAAAUAAUGGACACAAGUUUGAAUUGGCCUAAAAAGUAAAUAACUUAUUAGAUAAAUCUCAUUAAUUUUUAAGAAUGUUUGAUGUUAAAGAAUGUUUGAAUUAAACAGACAUACACACACUUGAAAACAAAAAAACAAACUCAUAGCUACAUACAUACAUACAUAUAUGUUCAUAUAAAUACUCAUCUUAAAACUUAUUAUAAAACAUUAUUGACAUGAAUUUAUUUAAAUAAAUAUAUUUAUAUUUAUUAACUUAUUUAUACAUUAACGCAUUCAUUACUCAUCUGUUGCAAAAAAUGAAAAUAAAUUUAAAAAAAAACAUUUGUGUGUGUGUGUGUAGUAUAAUUAAGUAUGCAGCCUGUUAGAAUUUAUUUAUAAAAAAUAUAUAUAUAAAAAUACAAAAAAUUUAAACAAAUAUUAAUGGCAAGAAAUUCUCCGCUUUUUAAUCUUUUUUGUUUAAAUAAGUGUACUUAAUAUUAUUAUUUAUUUUUCAUAUAAUUUCAUAAU